AUUUUUCUCUUAGUUUACGCUUUUUUUCUUGGUUGGAACAUACAAAAAUUUUUCCGUUUAACAAAUAGUACCGACUCUGAGAAAAUUUAUUGUAUUCAAACAAGAAAAUGUAAUAUUGUUUCAAUUUGCACUAAUUCCCUGAGUAAUGUAGUGGUUUAGUUUUGAAUUAAAAAUUAAUAUAAAACAAUUAAAAUAUACAAUGAGUGUUUUAAAAAAUAAAAUUGAUCACGAGGGUCUAGAAGAAGAACUUGAAGAGGCAUUAAAAGAAGAUUCAUUAUACGAACUACGAAACAAAGCAAAGAUAAGGGCCAUUGAACAAAGUGUACCCACUUAUGAAGACUUCAGACAAAUGGUUAAUGGCGCCCAUUUGAAACCAUUGGGACCAAAAGACAAAAUGGAAAAGAUAAAAAUUCCUUGGAAUCUUUCUGACAGACAGGCCCCGAGUUUAUUAAAUAAAAAUAUCAAUAAAUCGCCUUCAGGUGAAAUUAAAAAUUCCUAUUGCGAUAAAUUGUCUAAAAAUGGCAAAGAAUUUUAUUGCCAAUGGGUCCAAUUAAAUGAAACUGAUAAAUUUAAUUUGUUGUACAGUAAAAGAAAUGAGUUACCGGAAAUAUUCAAAAUUGAACUACCAGUGGAAAUUCUCAAUGAAUUUUUGAUUAUUUGUUUAAAUAAUUUGGCGGGAAAAAAUUCAGCUGUCAUCGAUAUUCUCAAUAAAAUAACUCAGUGCAAUAGAUUUAAAUUGACAGUAACAUUUAUGAGUGAGGAUGAUAAAUUUAUAUGUAAACAAUUGUUUGGAAAAUUAAUUCCUGAUAGUUCAAUAAAUUUCAUUGAACUGAGCGACAAAUUUAAAAUAAAUUUGAAUUAAAAUUUAAAUUCACACGAAUUAAUUAAUAAUUAAUAUUUUUUAGUAAAUUAUUAGAGGCAGGGGUAAAUUGAAUGUAAAAAU